GUCAAUAUUAUGUCAAAAUAGUUAAAAAUGGGGCUCGAUUAUUAUGGAAUUUUACAAAUACCAAGACAUAGCACAGACUUGGAUAUAAAAAAAGCAUAUCGAAAUUUAGCGCUAGAAUUUAAUAAACGAUUACUUGUCGAUAACCAUGCACGACAGGUUUUCUCUCUUAUUGGAGAGGCAUACGAUGUUCUUAGCGAUCCUGCAAGAAGAGCAGUUUUCGAUCAGUAUGGCGAAGAAGGACUAAAAGGAGGAGUACCUACAGUAGAUGGUUGUUUUCCAGCUUAUCGAUAUCACGGCGAACCUAUGGUUACAUACAAAGACUUUUUUGGAACUUCUUCGCCAUUUGCAGACUUACUAGAUGUUCUAAAGAACCCACCCUUGUUACACGAAUUGUCAGAUGGUACAAAAUGUAUUAAGAAAAAGCAAGAUCCAAUAAAACAUCCAUUACAUCUAACUUUACACGAAAUAUAUUUUGGCGGUGUAAAGAAAAUGAAAAUUCAUAGAUUAGAGUUCAAUAACGAUGAAAGAACUGUCACAGAAGUUAAAGAACACAUUUUGAAUGUACCUAUUAAACCAGGAAUUAAACAAAAAACUGAAAUUGUAUUUCCAGAAGAAGCUGAUCAGAAUCCUGCUACGAUACCUGCGGAUGUAAUAUUUAUAAUAGAAGAUAGACCACACGAAACUUUUAUUCGAGAAGGUGACAAUUUAAUAAUGACAGCAGACAUAUGUUUAGAAGAUGCACUUUUGGGAACUACUGUAACGGUUGAUACAAUUGAUCAUCGAACAAUUAGAAUUCCUAUUACGGACGUUGUACACCCAGGCUACGAGAAGAUUAUAGAAAAUGAAGGGAUGCCUAUUUUAGACCAGUAUCCUAAAAAAGGAAAUUUGAUUAUACGGUUUAACGUGAUUUUUCCACAAUAUCUACCUAAGAACUGUAAAGAGGUUUUUAAAAAAGGGUUCCAUUUAUGCAAAUUCGAAGAAGAGAGCCGUCAACGUAAAGUUAUCAAUAACAUCGUCUUGACUGACAAAAUACUUCGUGUAGAUCCUGAUGAGCGAUUGCCACCAACCAUAAAAAAUAGUUACUAAAAUUUGCACAUGUUUUUAUUCUUAUAUUAUUGUUAAAUAUAUUAAAAAGUUAGAAUA